AUGCCUCUGUGUCAGGCAAGCAUGAAGUCAGUUGCAGUAACUUUCUAUCUCUUCUGCUUUCAGUUUGAAGCCUUGUGUGGAGCUGACACCUGCUCAUCAAGAUUGUGCAAAAAUAUAGAUAAACUUCAGGUCGUGGACCCCCAGGGGAUAGUAAAAUUUGAAAAUGGAAACUUCAAGUUAAUAUUCCAAAACCCCAAAAAUGUGAAUGAGUUCAGCAUGACCCUCCUCAGAGGGCAUGAAAGGAAGGCAAUCUGUGCACUCCAUGUGAGUAAGAAUAAAGCUGUCCCAAAGAGUAACGUUACCUACUGCCAGGCAGAGCAUUCAAAUAGCAGCACCACCUUCAUUCUGACAAAUCUGGACAGAAAGCACAUCGACACCUACACCUGCUGCCUGGAGAGUUUAUUACCCCCCCCUUACAUAGACUGCCACUUGAAGGAAACCUAUUUGUACAUCCAAGAUAAGGAAGACUGCUUUUCACAAGGAAUCAUGUCAUGGAUAAUUACUGGCCUGAUUGCAUUUGCCCUGAUUUCAUGUGUCUGCUGUGUAGUAGUCUAUUGUUUAAGGAACAAGAAUCAGCAGUGUGAAUCCAGCUCCCAUGAAUACAACAGUGAAUACAUGCCCAUGGCAGCAGUGAAUGCAGCUAAAAAGCCAAGAAUCUGAGGUUUAAGUUGUUUAUGGCAUAGAAAUUUUGGCAGCAGAAGUUUCUAGCUACUUGAACCUGGAUAACAGGAAAUCAGCAUCUCCUCACCUUCCUCUGCCUCCCUGAGCUCUUAUGAUGGCCCUGUGCUCAGUCAUGAUACUGAUGUCUAGUACUAGUACUGUUCCAAGCUGUUUUGCUCUCACCUUGCAUGUUAACUAGCACACUGCCUGAUCCACUGACUUGUGCAUGAAGUGCUAACGAUGUGUUAAAGAUGUCAGCUUUUAGCUGAAGAAAAUGUGUUUGCUUGAGAGUAGAUUCCGGUAGUGCCACAACAGAGGGAACUUUUUUUCUACAGUCUACUUAUUUUCUACAGUCCCUAUGGUAAACUGAGAACAAAAGAAAAAGACUACCUCCAAUGCCAGUGCCAGUGCGUUGCACAAGCCCUUUUGCUAGGGCUAAGCUAUGAUGCCAUGAAUUCAUCCUAAUAUUCGCUGUCAGACUUCCUUGUACCACGCUAGGAGUGAGCAGCAUGCACAUGUUCUCCUGCACACUGUGAGACAGCAGGGAAACAAAACCUGAGAAAGCACAGCAGAGACUUUACUAUGACUCAGAACCUCGAGUACACGCAGCUGCAUUUUUUGUAUUUGUGCUGUCAGUGCGUCUUUGCCAUUUGUACAUUAGAGGGUCUCUUAUUUAAUUAAAUUCUGGAUUCUACUAUCAGAAGAGGAAUUUUUACUCCAACUGUUCUCUAAAUCAGUUCAAACCUGCAGAAUUGCUCUCUCAACUAGGAGGUAAGAUCUCUUCAUGUCUUAACAGCCCAAAUACAACAGAGUCCACAAAACCAGUGUAUUCAUGGACUCUGCUUUGCAACUAUCUACCAAUUAUCCACUUCCCUAGUGGAUUUAGUGGUUACUUGACCAGUGGAUUGCUCAGAGCCUAUAAUAUGAAUGAGAUAAUUGAAUGAAUGAACAAAUGAAUUAAAUGAUCAAUCCUUCACUCUAUUUGUGAAAUCCACCAAAACUCUGGACCAUAGAUGGCCAACUGGGAAUCCUACCUGAAUAUAUUGCCAACAUUUGGCUGCAUGAGGCAGAGCAGUGCACUGUCAAGUCUCUUUGUGAUUCUUCGGCAAAACAAAUACUGGUCAGAGGAUACAGUGCUGUUUGUCUGAAAAAGGGAAGGCUGGUUUCAAAUUUGAUAGGGUAAACAGGGAUCAUCAAGCAUAAAAAGGCAGUAAGCUGGUAUGUCAAGAACAGAGUUUUCCUCAGCAGAAGUCUAAAUUCAUAGAGGUAUUGCAGAGAAAAGGUGCAGAUUGUUCACUGUGACAUUAAGAAAAGUGAAAAUGAGAAAGGUACUGAAAGAAGUGAGAACUGCCAAUUUAGCAGGAGCAAAUUCACUAAGACAACCAGCUCCUAGGUACAGAUGUGGAGGGGCAGCCUGGCAUGCUGAGUAACAUUCUUUUCUGUUGUUCCAUCACAUAAUUUUGCCAGUUUUCUUAAGCUCCCUAACGAACAAAACUAUCCCCCACAAAUACAUCCACAAAUACAUUGUUUCAAUAUUUUGAAAAUCAUUGGUAAAAAAAUUGGAUUUGAAAAUUAUCGGUGAAUAAUAACCUCUACUGCUUAUGAUAAAUGCUUGAUAUAAAAUACUGUGUAACAGGGAAAUCCUACUCCCCAGAACUUCCAACCAGACUGAGAAAGAAAAUCACGGAGUAAAGAACUUCUGAAAGAAUGAAAAAACUGAGGUUUGCCUUGAGAUGCUGCUGUGAAAAAGAUAUGUCAAAAUAUGUUGUACUCUGGAAAGAAAAAUGGAUUAAAUCCACUGUAACAAA